AUGACCCCCAAACCCCCCAAACAGCCGCGCUUCCUUAUCAUCGGCGCCGGUCAGCGCGGACUUGCCUAUGCCAAGGCCGUCAACACCGUCACACCGGGCACCGUGCAUGCCGUCGCCGAGCCUCACGCAUAUAAACGGCGCCAGUUCGGCCGGAACUUCAUCUGGGGCAAGGACGGGACGCCCGGCGAGGGCCAGGAGUUUGCGGAUUGGCGCGACUGGCUGCGUUGGGAGGAUGAGCGGCGGGGGAAGAAGAAGCAAGCUGGGAACCUUGAUGCCGAUAAUGGGGGAAGUGAUGCAUCCCCCGCCGGCGUGGAUGGAGUCUUCAUCUGCACGCUGGAUGAAACGCACGUUGAGAUCAUCGAGGCGAUCGCGCACCUCCAGCUCCAUGUCCUCUGUGAGAAACCGCUCGCCCUCUCGCUGGACGACUGUCUAUCUGUCUACCGCGCCCUGCAACCACCGCAAGGCGAUGACCACCGCGCCACAUCACCUACGGCCAUCUUCUCCAUCGGCCACGUGCUACGAUACAAUCCGCACAACAUCAUUCUGCGCAAACUCCUCCUCACAGAGCGCGUGAUCGGGGACAUCGUCUCGCUGGAACACUGCGAGCCCGUGGGGUGGUGGCACUUCUCGCACAGCUACGUGCGCGGGCACUGGCGGCGUGAAACGGCAGCCGGUGACGGGUCCUUGCUCACAAAAUCCUGCCACGACAUCGACUUCAUCCUGUGGCUUCUCUGCUCGCCUACGUCGCUCGAAGAUGCCAGCGGCGCCACGGGUCAGCAGCGGCCGCAUUUUCCGCGCAGUAUCUCUUCCGCUGGCAGCAUGACGCAAUUCAAGCGGGCGCGCAAACCGAUCGAUGCGCAGAACGCUACAAAUUGUCUUUCUUGUCCGGCUGAGCAGCACUGUAACUACAGCGCACCUCGUAUCUAUUCGGAACGGCUUGCGAUGAUGGGCAAGGAUCGGAUCUGGCCGGCUGAUAUUGUUUGUCCAGAUAUCGAGGAUGUAUUCGGCACGCAAGGCGCCGAUGCGGCAGAGGACCAUCUCAUGAAAGCAUUGCGGGAGGACUACGACCCCAAUACAAUGGCAGACUCGCAAAUUGCCGAGCGGCCGUGGUAUGGACGGUGUGUCUACGAGGCGGACAAUAAUGUCUGCGAUGACCAGGUUGUCACGAUCGCCUGGGACGACGAGGACACCGCACCGCACCGACUCGCCAAGACAGCGGUAUUCCAUAUGAUUGCGCCGACAGAGAAACAAUGCGAGCGUCGAGGACGUGUCUACGGGACAAGUGGCGAGAUCGAGUACGACAGCAGCUCGAUUUCCAUAUACGACUUCGCGACGGCGAAGACUAGGGUGAUUGACGUGCCCCCGCCGCCAGAGGACCAGAAGGAGUCCCAUGGAGGCGGGGAUUACGGGCUCGCGCGCCAGUUCGUGGCUGCUGUUGAUGCGGUGCUGAAUGCUAGGAUGGAUGUUGAGACCGCGCAGGCGCGGUUUGUUGGGUGUACGCUAGAAGAAGCGGUGCGGAGCCAUGCGGUUGUUUUUGCGGCGGAGGAGGCGAGGAGAGAGGAGACAGUUGUCAAGUGGAAUCAAUGGUGGGAGCAGAAAUUGGCUGCUUCGGCUGCGGCGUUGAAGGCGUAA